CGGGCAUUUAUAGCACUGACACCAGAACGUAUUUGCCUGCAUUAGAAAAAUACAGAGAGCUAGAGGAUUAGCUACUGCUGUAGUCUGUGGUGUCCACUGUCGAGUAUUGUUUUCAACCCAUCUGAUCCAUCGAUCUGAAGAAGGUUCCCUUUUCUCCUCCAUUUGCAAGCAUGCAGUACUGAAUUAUGAAUUCUUUGUGAUCUCAGCUCCGAUCGAUCGAUCAAAUGUUGAACAUUGGAACACGCGAGUAGCAGUAUUAAACUGCCACUGAUCCAGACGCUCACACUCUCCGGUGCACAGUACACAGUCUGGUGAGCGGUAGAGAGAGCAGGCAUGGUUCUGUGCUUCAAGCUCCUCUUCGGCCCCACGGCCGCCAUCUUCCUGUCGGCGGUCGUGAUCCUCUCCUGCUUCACCAACGUGCCGCAGCUGCAGCUCAGCCUCAAAUACACCGGCGAGCUCGACAGCUCCUACGUCGCGCCGGCGCCGGUGCCCAAGUGCGACAUCUUCCGGGGCGAGUGGGUGCCGGACCCGGCCCCGCCGCAGUACACCAACGAGACCUGCGACUUCAUCCAGGAGCACCAGAACUGCAUGCUGUAUGGCCGCCCGGACCUGGAGUUCCUCAAGUGGCGCUGGAAGCCGGACGGCUGCGACCUCCCGCGCUUCGACCCGCACAGGUUCCUCCAGGUCGUCGCGAACAAGUCCGUCGCCUUCGUCGGCGACUCGCUGGCCAGGAACCAUAUGCAGUCCCUCUUCUGCCUCUUGGCCAAGGUGGAGAAGCCCAAGGACGUGUCGGUCACGGACAGGGCGGACCCGAACAUGAUCCUGUACUACGAGGGCUACAACUUCACCAUGUACCUCUUCUGGUCGCCGUUCCUGGUGAGGUCGGAGGAGGACGUCGCCGGCGUGUUCAAGCUGUACCUGGACGAGCCCGACAGCAGGUGGCUGUCCGUCGCGUCCCAGCUCGACUACGUGCUGCUCUCGGGGGCCAACUGGUUCACGCGCCAGUCCUACUUCUACGAGGGCGGGCAACUCGUCGGCGGCGUGUACGUCCCGCUCAACUUCACCAGCAGCCUCACCAACCAGCACUCGCACCGGAUGGCGUUCCGGACGGCGCUGCGGGCGCUCGCCGGCGCCAGGUUCCGGGGCAAGGUCAUCCUGCGGACGCUGUCGCCGAUGUCGCACUUCGAGGGCGGGGCGUACGACGCCGGCGGGGACUGCCGGCGCACGCGGCCGUACAGGGCCGACGAGACGGCGCCGAUGGGAGGGCUGGAGCUGGAGUUCUACACGUCGCAGCUGGAGGAGUUCAGGGAGGCCAAGGGCCUGGACGUUGUGCUCAUGGACCCCACCGCCGCGAUGCUGAUGCGGCCCGACGGCCACCCCAGCCGGUACGGGCACUGGCCGGACGAGAAGCGGACGCUCUACAACGACUGCAUCCACUGGUGCUUGCCAGGACCCAUCGACGCAUGGAACGACAUGCUGCUUCACAUGCUGUCACAUUCUAGUUAACACAGAUUACGGUGGUUUUGUUUGUGGUCAUUGAUUUGGUGUAGUUUAGUGUGUGUGUGUGUGUUCUUGCCUCGACGUGAUGUAUACAAUGUCCUCUACUCCGUGCACCGUGCUGGAUGGUUUACCCACUCAGCAAAGUUGCUCCAUUUGUAACGCACCAAUUGGAGCAUUUGCAAGUUACAUAAAGUUUUCUUGCAGACACUUUUUGAGCCAUUUUGUUGUUGAUGUAUCCGUUUCGCUAUCCAAUGCAAUGUUUCUUUCACCA